GCUUCUGGAAGUCAGUGAGAAUGGAGAUUCGAGUGUGAGUUAAGCCUGUGUAAACUGUCGAGGUUGGGAGAGGAACCGCCUAUGCGGCUCAUACGUGUGCACCCGUGAGUGAGUGUGCGUGUGCCCGUGAGGAUGAGUGCGUGUGCCCGGGAGUCUGUCACUCCUAGGGCAGCGAGGCCCCGAACCCAGGCGGUCGCCGGCUGAGCCCAGAGCACACCCGGCAAGGGAAGUGUGGCCGAGGCUCCCACCUGAAGAUCGGCCCAGUCCUCAGGUUUCACUCAUGACCCUGUGACAUCAGCGGCAGCAGCUGUCCUCGCCGGCCCGGCCCCCCAGCCAAGUCCCCCAGAGUUCCAGCCCCAGCCCGAGGUGGGCACGGCCGCUCUGGGCUUGUCAGCAACCGCUCUGCUCCUGUCCAAUAGCUGAAGUCACACGGUUCCAGGAGCUCGGGCCCAGAAGGCAGUUGAAGGCACUGGGGCGUUGGCCCCAUGUCCCAAGGCCCCAGAGAAUCUGGUUGGUUUGCCGUCGGUCCUGGGAGCGGCCCCCGCCACUGCUAGGGAGAGCGUGGUGUGGGGCCAGGGGUGAUGCUCUGUGCCCAGCACCUGUGCAGCAGCAGUACCUGGGCUUGGCAGGCACAUCUCCCAGUCCCAACAGAGCCUGCACGCCCGCCUCCCCGGCUCGGCCGCUGGGCAGGCAGGAGGUGAGGAGGAGCCGGCCGGCCCAGGGAGGGGCAACUGCCCAGCACCCCGGGGCUGCCCAUUGCAGCUGCCCCGGCUACCUGCCACCCUCCUGGUCUCUGAGCCCAGGAUGCAAGGAUGGCCAGACCGUCUCUGCCCACCCUGGUGCCUCUGGGCCCUGAGUGCCUGCGCCCCUUCACCCGGGAGUCCCUGGCAGCCAUAGAACAGCGGGUGGUGGAGGAGGAGGCCCGGCUGCAGCGGAACAAGCAGAUGGAGAUUGAAGAGCCCGAGCGGAAGCCUCGAAGUGACUUGGAGGCUGGCAAGAGCCUGCCCAUGAUCUAUGGAGAUCCCCCGCCAGAGGCCAUCGGCAUCCCCCUGGAGGACCUGGAUCCCUACUACUGCGACAAGAAGACCUUCAUCGUUCUCAACAAGGGCAAGGCCAUCUUCCGCUUCUCCGCCACACCCGCUCUCUACAUGCUGAGCCCCUUCAGCGUGGUCAGGCGAGGGGCCAUCAAGGUGCUCAUCCACGCGCUGUUCAGCAUGUUCAUCAUGAUCACCAUCUUGACCAACUGUGUGUUCAUGACCAUGAGUGACCCGCCUCCCUGGUCCAAGAACGUGGAGUACACAUUCACAGGAAUCUAUACCUUUGAGUCCCUCAUCAAGAUACUGGCCCGAGGCUUCUGUGUUGAUGACUUCACAUUUCUCCGGGACCCCUGGAACUGGCUGGACUUCAGCGUCAUCAUGAUGGCGUACCUGACAGAGUUUGUGGACUUGGGCAACAUCUCAGCCCUGAGGACCUUCCGGGUGCUGCGGGCCCUCAAAACCAUCACGGUCAUCCCAGGGCUGAAGACGAUCGUGGGGGCCCUGAUCCAGUCUGUGAAAAAGCUGUCGGAUGUGAUGAUCCUCACUGUCUUCUGCCUGAGCGUCUUUGCGCUGGUGGGACUGCAGCUCUUCAUGGGAAACCUGAGGCAGAAGUGUGUGCGCUGGCCCCCGCCGUUCAACGACACCAACACCACAUGGUACAGCAAUGACUCGUGGUACAGUAACGACACAUGGUAUGGCGAUGCAAUGUGGCACGGCAAUGACUCGUGGUAUGCCAACGACACGUGGAACAGCCGUGCAAGCUGGGCCCCCAAUGAUACCUUUGAUUGGGACGCCUACAUCAAUGACGAAGGGAACUUCUACUUCCUGGAGGGCUCCAACGAUGCCCUGCUCUGUGGGAACAGCAGUGAUGCUGGGCACUGCCCCGAGGGUUAUGAAUGCAUCAAGGCCGGGCGGAACCCCAACUAUGGCUACACCAACUACGACACCUUCAGCUGGGCCUUCCUGGCUCUCUUCCGCCUCAUGACACAGGACUAUUGGGAGAACCUCUUCCAGCUGACCCUUCGAGCAGCUGGCAAGACCUACAUGAUCUUCUUCGUGGUCAUCAUCUUCCUGGGCUCUUUCUACCUCAUCAAUCUGAUCCUGGCCGUGGUGGCCAUGGCGUAUGCCGAGCAGAACGAGGCCACCCUGGCCGAGGAUAAGGAGAAAGAGGAGGAGUUUCAGCAGAUGCUUGAGAAGUUCAAAAAGCACCAGGAGGAGAUGGAGAAGGCCAAGGCCGCCCAAGCUCUGGAAGGUGGAGAGGCAGAUGGGGACCCAGCCCAUGGCAAAGACUGCAAUGGCAGCCUGGACACAUCACCAGGGGAGAAGGGAGCCCCGAGGCAGAGUGGCAGCGGAGACAGUGGCAUCUCUGACGCCAUGGAAGAACUGGAAGAGGCCCACCAGAAGUGCCCGCCAUGGUGGUACAAGUGCGCCCACAAAGUGCUCAUAUGGAACUGCUGCGCCCCGUGGAUGAAGUUCAAGAACAUCAUCCACCUGAUUGUCAUGGACCCGUUCGUGGACUUGGGCAUCACCAUCUGCAUCGUGCUCAACACCCUCUUCAUGGCCAUGGAGCAUUACCCCAUGACGGAGCACUUUGACAACGUGCUCACCGUGGGCAACCUGGUCUUUACAGGCAUCUUCACAGCAGAGAUGGUUCUGAAGCUGAUCGCCAUGGACCCCUAUGAGUACUUCCAGCAAGGCUGGAACAUCUUCGACAGCAUCAUCGUCACCCUCAGCCUGGUAGAGCUAGGCCUGGCCAACGUACAGGGGCUGUCUGUGCUCCGCUCCUUCCGUCUGGUACUCGAAAGCCCUGGGGCCAGGGGCUGGGAUGGUGGUGGGCUGAGCAGACUAAGGAGGGCUUCAGAGAAGCAGGCGUCUGCCAGAGGCCACCAGGGCACCCUGCCAGAGAGUGUGAAGACCCGCGUCCCCUGCGCCCAUGGCACUUGGUCACUUCCUGUGGGUAACUGUGAAGAAGAAGAGGAAGUCCUGAACUUGUUCCUGGCUCUGCUGCUGAGCUCCUUCAGCGCCGACAGCCUGGCAGUCCAGGAUGAGGACGGCGAGAUGAAUAACCUGCAGAUUGCCAUCGGACGCAUCAAGUGGGGCAUCGGCUUUGCCAAGGCCUUCCUCCUGGGGCUGCUGCAUGGCAAGAUCCUGAGCCCCAAGGACAUCAUGCUCAGCCUCGGGGAGCCUAUUGGGGCCGGGGAGGCUGGAGAGGCCGGGGAGACUGCCCCUGAGGAUGAGAAGAAGGAGCCGCCCCAGGAAGACCUGAAGAAGGACAAUCACAUCCUGAACCACAUGGGCCUGGCUGACGGCCCUCCAUCCAGCAUCGAGCUGGACCACCUCAACUUCAUCAACAACCCCUACCUGACCAUCCAGGUGCCCAUCGCCUCCGAGGAGUCUGACCUGGAGAUGCCUACCGAGGAGGAAACUGACACUUUCUCGGAGCCUGAGGAUGGCAAGAAGCCACCACAGCCCCUCUACGACGGGAACUCCUCCGUCUGCAGCACGGCUGACUACAAGCCCCCAGCGGAGGACCCUGAGGAGCAGGCAGAGGAGAACCCCGAGGAGCAGCCUGAGGAGUGCUUCACCGAGGCCUGCGUGCAGCGCUGGCCCUGCCUCUACGUGGACAUCUCCCAGGGCCGAGGGAAGAAGUGGUGGACUCUUCGCAGGGCCUGCUUCAAGAUUGUCGAGCACAAUUGGUUCGAGACCUUCAUUGUUUUCAUGAUCCUGCUCAGCAGCGGAGCUCUGGCCUUCGAGGACAUCUACAUCGAGCAGCGGCGAGUCAUCCGCACCAUCCUCGAAUACGCCGACAAAGUCUUCACCUACGUCUUCAUCAUGGAGAUGCUGCUCAAAUGGGUGGCCUACGGCUUCAAGGUGUACUUCACCAAUGCCUGGUGCUGGCUCGACUUCCUCAUCGUGGACGUCUCCAUUAUCAGCCUGGUGGCCAACUGGCUGGGCUAUUCGGAGCUGGGACCCAUCAAAUCCCUGCGGACCCUUCGGGCUCUGCGUCCCCUGAGAGCACUGUCCCGAUUCGAGGGCAUGAGGGUGGUAGUGAACGCCCUCCUGGGUGCCAUCCCCUCCAUCAUGAACGUGCUGCUCGUCUGCCUCAUCUUCUGGCUGAUCUUCAGUAUCAUGGGCGUCAACCUGUUUGCUGGCAAGUUCUACUACUGCAUCAACACCACUACCUCCGAGAGGUUUGACAUCUCCGAGGUCAACAACAAGUCUGAGUGCGAGAGCCUCAUGCACACGGGCCAGGUCCGCUGGCUCAACGUCAAGGUCAAUUAUGACAACGUGGGUCUGGGCUACCUCUCCCUCUUGCAGGUGGCCACCUUCAAGGGUUGGAUGGACAUCAUGUAUGCAGCUGUGGACUCCCGGGAGAAGGAGGAGCAGCCGCAGUACGAGGUGAACCUCUACAUGUACCUCUACUUUGUCAUCUUCAUCAUCUUCGGCUCCUUCUUCACCCUCAACCUCUUCAUCGGCGUCAUCAUUGACAACUUCAACCAACAGAAGAAGAAGUUUGGAGGGAAAGACAUCUUUAUGACAGAGGAACAGAAGAAAUACUAUAAUGCCAUGAAGAAGCUCGGCUCCAAGAAGCCUCAGAAGCCAAUUCCCCGGCCCCAGAACAAGAUCCAGGGCAUGGUGUAUGACCUCGUGACAAAGCAGGUCUUCGACAUCACCAUCAUGAUCCUCAUCUGCCUCAACAUGGUCACCAUGAUGGUGGAGACAGAUGACCAGAGCCAGCUCAAGGUGGACAUCCUGUACAACAUCAACAUGAUCUUCAUCAUCAUCUUCACAGGGGAGUGCGUGCUCAAGAUGCUGGCCCUGCGCCAGUACUACUUCACCGUUGGCUGGAACAUCUUCGACUUCGUGGUCGUCAUCUUGUCCAUCGUGGGCCUGGCACUCUCCGACCUGAUCCAGAAAUACUUCGUGUCACCCACGCUGUUCCGUGUGAUCCGCCUGGCGCGGAUCGGGCGUGUCCUGCGGCUGAUCCGCGGGGCCAAGGGCAUCCGGACGCUGCUGUUCGCCCUCAUGAUGUCACUGCCUGCCCUCUUCAACAUCGGCCUCCUCCUCUUCCUGGUCAUGUUCAUCUACUCCAUCUUCGGCAUGUCCAACUUCGCCUACGUCAAGAAGGAGUCAGGCAUUGACGACAUGUUCAACUUUGAGACCUUCGGCAACAGCAUCAUCUGCCUGUUCGAGAUCACCACGUCAGCUGGCUGGGACGGGCUCCUCAACCCCAUCCUCAAUAGCGGGCCCCCGGACUGCGACCCCAGCCUGGAGAACCCAGGCACCAGCGUCAAGGGUGACUGUGGCAACCCUUCCAUCGGUAUCUGCUUCUUCUGCAGCUACAUCAUCAUCUCCUUCCUCAUUGUGGUCAACAUGUACAUCGCCAUCAUCCUGGAAAACUUCAACGUGGCCACAGAGGAGAGCAGCGAGCCCCUUGGUGAGGAUGACUUUGAGAUGUUCUAUGAGACGUGGGAGAAGUUCGACCCUGACGCCACCCAGUUCAUUGCCUAUAGCCGCCUCUCAGACUUUGUGGACACCUUGCAGGAGCCGCUGCGGAUCGCCAAGCCCAACAAGAUCAAGCUCAUCACGCUGGACCUGCCCAUGGUGCCGGGGGACAAGAUCCACUGCCUGGACAUCCUCUUCGCCCUGACCAAAGAGGUCCUGGGUGACUCUGGGGAAAUGGAUGCCCUCAAGCAGACCAUGGAGGAGAAGUUCAUGGCAGCCAACCCCUCCAAGGUAUCCUACGAGCCCAUCACCACCACCCUCAAGAGGAAGCACGAGGAGGUGUGUGCCAUCAAGAUCCAGAGGGCCUACCGCCGGCACCUGCUCCAGCGCUCCGUGAAGCAGGCAUCCUACAUGUACCGCCACAGCCACGACGGCAGCGGGGACGAUGCCCCUGAGAAGGAGGGGCUGCUGGCCAACACCAUGGGCAAGAUGUAUGGUCACGAGAACAGGAACAGCAGCUCACAGAGCCCAGAGGAGAAGGGCAAGGCAGGGGAUGCCGGACCCCCCAUGGGGCUGACCCCCAUCAGCCCCUCAGACACUGCCUGGCCUCCCGCCCCUCUGCCAGGGCAGACGGUACGCCCGGGGGUCAAGGAGUCUCUCGUCUAGCAGGCAGCGUCGGGGUGGCCCACUGAUUCUCGGCACAGUCCCCAAAGCUCCCCCAUGGUGCCUGCACACAGAGUGAGGGAGCAGGGCUUUGAAUCUGGGACUGUGUCUGGCUCCCUCCUGGGGGACAGGAUUUGGCCACACUGGGGCUGACACCCAGGCCCAAGCACCUGUUUCCCCAGACCGUGGGAAAUGGGAAUUGCACUCAGGGGCUCCAUGCUGGGCCUGAGGCCCCUGCCUCCAUGAAUUAAUCUUCAAGUUGCUCUGACCUCCUCCUGGGCCUGGUCACCCCUCCUUUUGGCCUGGGGGAGGUCAGAACAUUCAAAUCUCUGCCCCUCACUUGGGAAGGAGCUGGCCUACGGUGGAGGGAUCAGUUUCCCCCCAUCACCAGUCUUAAGGGUCACUGGCCUCUCCCCAGGAAGUGGCUCAGACCCCUCAGCUCCAGCCCAAAGACGUCUUAACCUCAGGGAGUGCAGACACCUGACCCCAGGCACUACUAGCCCACCCUCUCUGACUCUGGGGUGCAGCUUCGCCCACCAGGCCGGCUCAGGAAUUUCCUGGAAAAGGGAAAUGUGACUGGUUCAGAAAUAGCGCCUCAAAGCCUCAAAACCUGAUUGGCCACUGGAUCCUGCUGCUUCAGGCUGAGAUGGUGACUCUGAAAACCUUUUCCCAGGCCAUGUCCAGGUCCGUAGCUCCCCUGGCUGGCCCCUAGGGGAAGAGCAGAAGGAAGGAUGUCAUUUGGGAAUUGUCCUUUUCUAGGAAGCACAGGUGGGUUGAACAGGCUGGGUCCUGCCAGCUGGAUCACCGCACAUGGCCUGAGCAUCCAGACCUGAGCCGGGGGGCGGGGACCUGCUGCUCAGUAAGAAGAUUCUCGCCCUUUCCCACUCUCCCUGCCUCAUUCCUCCGUGAGCACCGCCAGGGCUCCAGGGUCCUCCUCCAGCCUCAGAGAUCUUCCUUCUCAUCUCCCACGCCCAUCGCUCUCUCCCCUCAUCCUUCCCACCUCUCUCCUCAAAGUGAUCCUAAUAAUAUUCAGUUGAGCUCAGGUUAGAGAUUUCAACCCUGGGACAUGCAGCAGGGAAGGCCCGACUGGCUCAGGCUCAACCUUCCAACCUCCUGUGGCUGGAAAUGGGCACCUCUGCUGCACCGCCGUUCUGGGCAUGGCAGGGCCAGGCCUCUGCAGGCUCCUGGAGAACAGAGGCUGUGCCUGGAGGAGGAGGGGUGAAAGACCCGUUCAGGCAUCACUGGGUUUAUUCACUUGUGUGUGUCCCUGUGGCUGUGUGUCUGCUUGUAUGUUUGUAGGCCUGUGCGUGUUCAAGUGUGUGACUGUAUGUGUAUGUGUGAACCACUGUGUACUGGUGCCUGCAUUAUGCACAUGUGUCUGGGUAUCUUUGUGUAUAUGUGUGUCAGUGUGCCCUGGAGUGUUUCAAGGUCCAUGGAGUAUGGCUGCUGUGUCGUGCUGUGCAGGGCUGUCCAUGGGCAUGUUCCCAUGUCUGGGAGGGUGAACUGUGCUGUGAGUGUGUGGAUGAGUGUGAACACACGUGGCAAGAUGUACUCAGGGCAUCCUGUUGGCCUAAAUUCCUCUUCUUUUUCUUCUUGUUUCUCAUGAAGAGUUUUAUUAAAAUUCAGGAAGCAGCAAAACCUUCAAGACAUGUAUGUGUGCUCUGUGUGUGCACAUCUGCCUGACAUGCCUACGGGCCAGAGUCAUCUUUGUGGUCCACUGUGCUGACUCGCCUGCUCCCAGCACUGCCUGCACAGCCCCGUCCCUCACUCCCAGUGAGCUCCUCUCCUUCCCUCCAUUUCUCACGGCCUGAGCCCUGCUCCCUGCCUCCUGCCUGUGUCUCCUCUAUGGAAGGAGGCCUCCACUCCUUCCAUCUCUUCCUUCAGCUUUGUCUAAUGGGGGCAGCCUCCCCUGCCCAGCACCCUACCCCUCUGCCUUGCCCUCCUGGGCCCUGGAGCCUCAGAAGUGUUUGGCUGGGUAUUCUCUGUGGACUGUGUGCAGGCUGCAGAGGAAAAGUAGAUGAGCAAGGUCCAGCCCUUCCCUGCCUGUGGCCCCUCCCCUGCAGAUGAUGCCCAUUCCUGCCUGGUCUGGGGGGAACAGGUCCCACACCAGGCUAGCAGGCGGGCUCCUUUGUACAGUUCUUACAAUAAACCAUCCCUGGUGCCUCUGG